UUGUAUAUAGUGUUGUCAUGGUUACUUAAUUAUAAACAAGUUGUCAGAGUUUAAAAAUGAAAAGAGAAAUCAGACACGUGACUAAACUUUACCUCUGAGCCAGUAGCAGCAGGAGUCUGUGGAGAUUUUCCUAAAGAGCGGGGUCUGGACUCUGAUUUCAUUAUAAGAGGAGUAAAUAAUCAGGACACUGGAAGAAAAACACAGAGAUUCAUGACUCCAGAAUCUCCACUAACCUGUUAACCGAGUAUCUCAGAUGGUAAGUUUCAGAUGAACUCACCUUUAGUGAAGUUACACAGAGGAUCAGAGCUUCAAAGCCCGUGUGGAGAAGGAAGCUCGGAGACCAAGCGUGUGUGAGUUUCCUGUAGUGACGUCAUCUUCUUCUUCGGAUUUUAAUGGCAGAUUGCAUACUUGAUAUUUCACUACUGCCAUCCUCUGGUCUUAUUUAACGCCUAUACAGAGCCCCAUGUCGUAUUCUCCUCAUUAGUCCAGUUUUUAUUAGAAAGCAGAUCAGGUUCCUUCCUUCCUUGUUCACUCCCACUGUAUUCCAAUAUAUUCUUUACUCCAUGUCCUGUUAAUCCUAUUCUUUCCAUGUCUGUUAUCAUGCCCAUCCUCUGUGUUUCAUAUUUCCUACAGGUAACAAGCACAUGUUCUACAGUCUCUUGUAUUUGACAAUGCUCACACAAUCCAGAUGGAUGUUCCCCUAUAAUAUAAAAAGUGUACUGUUUAGUAUAUUGUGUUCUAGUCUUGAGCAGAAAGUAUUUGGGCUGCUUUGGAUCUGAGGAUCUGACAAUCCAGAAUCCCACACAGCUAAUAUACACUAUAACACACAGCUGUACAAAAUACCUGAUAAUUUAACACCCAAUGGUAUAAUACAGUCAUUAUUUUCUGUAUCUUUUCCCCUCAGUAGAUUACAGUAGUGUUGAAAGUGUGAGUGUUUUAGUGCUUAAGUGUUUAGUGUUUAGCCACCGGUUGUUGCUAAGCUCUCUGUUCUUACCUUUUGGCCACAAAGCUGAUAUUCUAACAGUGUGGAAUGAAAUCGCUAUAAAAACACCUAAAUGAAACACACAUCAUCCCCAUUGCAAACAAGUUUAUAUUAAUGUUGUUUAAUAUUCUCUGUAAACAAACAUCCGCUGUAUUUUAUAUUUGUUUUAUGCGAUGACACCAAAUUUAACACACCUGCUCCCCAUUCACCCCUGAGACCUUGUAACACUAAUAAGUCACAUGACACAGGGGAGGGAAAAUAGCUAAUUGGGCCCAAUUUGGACAUUUUCACUUAGGGGUGUUCUCACUUUUGUUGCCAGCGGUUUAGACAUUAAUGGCUAUGUGUUGAGUUAUUUUGAGGGGACAGCACAUUUACACGGUUACACAAGCUGUACACUCACUACUUUACAUUGUAGCAAAGUGUCAUUUCUUCAGUGUUGUCACAUAAAAAGAUAUAAUCAAAUAUUUACAAAAAUGUGAAGGGUGUACUCACUUUUGUGAGAUACUGUAUAUAUAAUUAGUGAAUUAAAUGCCACUCAUUACUGGUCCCACUAACUAGGCAAUAUGUGACACAUCCCACCUCAUAACCAGCUUGGAAGCAAAAUGGUCAGGGUCUGUACACAAUACCAGAAAAUUUCGAGGUCCCCUACUCUUUAUGAAGAUAAUAAAGAGUAACCCCCAGUUAACCCAGUGGACUAAAGAGAUUGCAGGGUGUUACGAGAAGUGAUCUGCCAAAAUCACUUCUAAUUAAAAGACUAAUGCACAAAAUAAACAGUCACGUGUGGCUCAUUGUUUCUUUAUUUCCUGUAACUGAGAAAGACAUUUGUAUUUAUUGCUUUACCAUUCAGUAAGAAAUCACAGAAUAAUCAUCACUAGGCAAAUACCUAACGAUAGCCAGUGCUUCAGUAAUUCGCUUUCAAGCCUGACCUUUUUAUGUCCACCUUUUCUUAAUCAAUUUGAAGGUGUAGAAGGUCCACCUCCAUGUCACUUUUUCUAAUUUGCAUUUGAAGAUGGACCUUAUACAGUUCCUUUGCAGGCAGCUAGGAAGACAGAAUGAUAAGUCAAUAUGAUUGAUAUUAGAAAUGUCUUCAAUACAUAUUAUAUUAUAAUAUUUGUAAUGUAUAAAAAUAUUUGUAAUCAGGACAACUGCUAACAAUUUUUUACACUGCCAAGAUUCUGUGUGGAGGUAGAUGGACCCUCCUGUAUAGAAGUGAUGUUACACAGAGGAUCAGAGCUUUGAAGCCCAUGUGGAGAAGGAAGCGUGUGUGGGUUUCCUGUAGUGACAUCAUCGACAACGAUGUGAAGCUUUCCGCUGUGUUCGACUUCCUGCGGCGGUGCGCAGACCGAUUAUGGAAGGCCGAAAGGACAAAUUGUAUUUUAUGUAUGGCACGCUGAAAGGACAGUUUGUCUUUAACCCUUAGACAUUAUGUGUGUAGAGUCUAUUGUGUAGAGGCUGUUUUCAAGGAAUUCAAUAUCAAGAGGCACUACCAGAUGAAACAUGCUAACUACAACAAGCUAACUGGAAAUGAACACUGCGAAAAGUUGAAGCAACUAGAAGAUGUUUUAACGGCACAGCUGCGCUUUUUCACAAGAGCCCGUGAGUCAAAUGAAAAUGCCACAAAAGCGAGCUACGAGGUGGCAACGCUGAUUGCCAAGCACUGCAAACCUUUUACUGAGGGUGAGUUUAUUAAAGACUGUGUGAUGAAAAUGGUAGAGAAAAUUUGUCCUGAGAAGAAGCAAGAGAUUGCCAAUGUUUGCCUGGCACGUAACACUGUGGUACGGAGAAUUGAAGACGUUUCAUCUGAUAUUAAGAUUAAGACAGUUAGAGGCAAAAGGAGUAGAGUUUGACUUUUUUCGUUAGCCCGCGACGAAAGCACGGAUGCAUCUGAGACCGCUCAGUUACUGAUUUUUUAAGAGGAGUGGACAAUGAAAUGAACAUGACGUGAAACUACCGUGGAAUAAAGUCACUGGGAUUAUUACGGAUGGCGCACCUGCCAUGGCUGGUGAGCAAAGUGGAAUAUCAACUCUAGUCUGUAACAAAGUCAGCGAAGAAGGAGGCAAAGCUAUAAAACUCCACUGUAUUAUUCACCAACAAGUUCUCUGUGCCAAACAUCUGAAAUAUGAUCAUGCUAUGAAACCGGUAAUAAAGGCUAUUAAUUAUAUUCGCUCCAAAGCCCUGUGCCACCGCCAGUUUCAACAGUUUCUACUCGACAUCCAGGCUGAAUACGGAGAUGUUGUGUAUCACAACGACGUAAGAUGGCUCAGUCGGGGGUCUGCACUGCAGCGCUUCUACUCUCUUAGGGAGGAAAUCGGACAAUUCUUGGCAAAAAAGGGACAGCUGAUGCUAGAACUAUCUGAUCCUAUUUGGCUGGCUGAUUUUGGAUUUUUAGUUGACAUAACACGGCAUCUGAACGCGCUGAACACGAGCCUUCAGGGGCAAAAUGGAGUGGUAAGACAACUGUAUUCACACAUCAAAGCCUUUGGGACCAAGCUGCUAUUUUCCCAAAGGCACCUGUCACAAACGUGGCCCAAUACCACACAUUUCCCAUCGCUGCAGGAAAUAAUGAACGGUUUUCCACAGAACAAUAUCAGUGCGCAAAUGAGGAGGUAUGCAGCAGACAUCUCAUCUCUGGAUGAAGAGUUUCAAUGGCGCUUUCGGGAUUUUGCAGCUAUUGAAAAGGAUAUCAGGCUUUUUUCCUCUCCUUUCUCCGUGGACCCUGAUGACGCUCCAGACCACCUGCAGCUGGAGCUCACUGAGCUGCAGUGUGACGCCGAGUGUCACAGUCGGCACCAACAGCUCCCUCUUGUCAACUUUUACCGCCAGCUGGAUAAAGGCAGGUUCCAAGAGAUUCGAACAUUUGCUAAGAAAAUGCUGAGCUUGUUUGGCUCAACAUACUUGUGCGAGAAGACAUUCUUGGUUAUGAACAUUAACAAGAACUGCAUGAGGAUGAGACUAAGUGACUCUCACCUGCGUGACAUCUUGCGCAUCAAAACUACAGUUUUUGAGCCAGACCUGGCCUAUUUACUGCAGUCGAGAUCUCAGUAUCACCCUUCACAUUAGUGCAGGAAAGUUAUUUGUUUAGUCUUCUGAGGUGAAUGAAUUCUUUUAAUCCGUGUAUAAUUUGUUCUUUUGUUUUUGAAUUGACAAUCAAACUGGGUCUCGUAAACCUGACAAAUUAAAUAUUAAAGUCAAAUUCGGUCCGGCAGCCCAUUUUUUCAUUUUGUAUUUUCGAUCCGAGUGGAAAACACGACUUUUUUCGUUUUUGAUAUCUGAUUCGAAAUCAAAUAGCAUAUUUUUGUUUUUUGAUUUUUGAUGGUCAAUUGAAAAACGAAAGAACGAGUGAUACAAGGAUUCAUAUAGCCCUCAAUGUUUUGUACUUAUGAAUAUGAUAACUGUUCGUGUUAUUUUCCUGUUCACAUGUUUUGAAUUUAGAAGUUUACAGUGAGCAUUUAAUAGUGAAUAAUAUGUAAUGUUUCAAAUGAAUAUAAAUAUGUUUAAUCUUCCCAAAAGUUUUUUUUUCCCUGACAGACAUUUUCUUCAUUUUAUGUGGUCUUCAAAUAUGUGAUUGAUUUUGGUAAAAACUUGUUUAGAUUUAUUUGUGUUCUGUGUGAAGAAAUGAAAAGCAUGCCAUUUGCAAUAAAAAUUUCAUGAUAUAGUUCAUUUGCAUUUAAUGUUAAUGGUUCAAAGAAUGUCAGGCUGAAUGGUCGGCCCCCACACAUUUUCACCUCACCAAAACUGGCCCUCUUUGCAAAAAGUUUGGACAGCCCUGGUGUAGAUGAAUUAAGCCUUGUUUAUACUUGACGCGUCCGCAAUAGCACGAGGGAGGAUAAAAUGGGAGUAUCUAAAGGUAUAUGUGUGUCUAAAUGUAUGGAAGUGUCUAAUGUUUUUUUUUUACAGUUUUAAAGUUUUUUUUUUAUAGCAAUGGCGGAUCUUGGAGCCUCUCAAUAGUUCCCGGAAGUUAGCACUAAAUACUAGCAGCGCACUAGAGUUUCAGCAGAACAGACUGUUUGUGAUGAACUUUUAAAAGGUCAGACAUUAACUUUUUUUAGAUGGUGUUAAAGUGAAGUGUUUCCAUUAAUUUGUUUAGGUCAUGCAUGACCCUGUACUGCAGUCACCACUAUCUCUAGUUUCUCUCCUGCAGUCAUGACAUGUUUAUGGGUAUUGUGAAUGCCAUUAAGCCAACUAGAGCUGCAACAACUAAUCGAUAAAAUCGAUAAUAAUCAAUUAUGAAAAUCAUUGUCAACGAAUCUCAUUAUCGAUUAGUCAGUUUGCGUGCUGCACGGGGGAGAUCUAUUCAUUACGUUACUUAUGUUUUGAAAAUACGCUUCAGAGAGUAAAUACUAAAGUUGUGUCCCAAAUGAUAUACUAUACACUUACACUAUAUACGAUGUACUCGCCCACCUACUGUAUGAAUUUUAGAAAGGUAAUAUCAUCUCAAAUGGAACACUAGUGUUUAUUUUUUUACUAACUAGAAGUGUAAGCCACUUCCUAGUUAACGGCGCAUGACAUCAUAUGCACGUAAUGCGCACGUAAGCCUUGGGUCACACUCUAGGGGUGUCUCCUGAUUGCAAGAAGGCAAUGACAGGCACCUCCCUCACGGGCUGGGGUACGGUCUUAGAUGGCUGUCCAGCUCAUGGUCUCUGGAGUGGCCUGCAUCUGGAGUGGCAUAUAAAUCACCUAGAAAUGCAGGCCGUGUUUCUAGCACUGAAAUUCUUUCUUCCUCAAUUGAGAGAUCAUCAUGUGUUAGUUGUGACAGACAACACAGCGGUGGUCUCACAUUUCAACCACUAUGGAGGAUUAUGUUCGCACCCCCUGUUCAGGCAGGUGCAACUAAUUCUUCACUGGCAGAGGGAAAGUUUUUGUCAGUGAGUGUAAUGUACAUUCUGGGCAACUGGAAUGUGGGGGUAGACAUCCUUCUGAGGCCAAGAAAUUUGAGGCUCCAUUUGGAAGAACCCGAUAUUUGGAAGAACCCGAUAUUGGAAUUGGGAAGAACCCGAUAUUGGUAUGUGUUGCCUCCAAACGCAAACC